GUACAUCUGGCGUGAAAAAUUUCUUUGCUGGAGGAUUUGGAGGAGUUUGUGGCGUGACUAUCGGCCAUCCGUUUGACACGAUCAAAGUGAGAACUUAGAUACCGCGCGCGCUGAUAUUGCUUGACUGUAAAUCUGUUUUGUUUGUUUGUAUCUUCGUAUUUAUUUGUUUGUUUGGUUGUUUGUUUUACUGAUCGAUCAAUCAAUCAAACGCAAAAUUUCCCUACACCCAAAGACAUAAACUUUAAUUAUGCACACAACUUUGUGCCAAGGUUUGUGCGCGUAGUCUUAUACAGUACUUUUACGGAAAUCUUUCCGAUGUUGUUGCACAGAGAUUAGCUAAUAAUGACCAGAAUAAGCGAUGAAAUCUUUCAGGUAUUUUUAACAAGGUUGUAAUCACAUUUGUUCUCAUCUGCUGUUGACCUCAGCAGAACUUCAGUAUUCAACACGUAAUUCCAGUAGUGCCCAUUCCCUUGGGCCAAUCCCCGGGCAUGAGCAGUUUCACCAAACAUGGCAAAUUCCCCGGGGUGGUAACAAAUAAGGGGGUCAAAUGCCCCGGGUGGGAGCAAAAAAGAAGAAGGUUCGCCUUCAAACAACACCACUACCAAAACCUGGGGAAGAACCUUUGUUUAGAGGGACCAUUGACUGCUUGGUUAAAACAGUGAGGAAUGAGGGUGUCUUGGGAUUGUACAAAGGAUUGUUUACUCCAGUUGCUUUUGCUACACCUCUCUUUGCAAUUCAGUUUUGGGCUGUAACAAUGGGCCGAAAAAUGCAGAUGUCAGACCCCCAUGGGAUUCCUACCAAUUUCCAAAAUAUUACUUCUGGAAUGUUUUCUGGGGCUUGUUCUGCAGCUCUGGUGGUUCCUGCUGACAGGAUCAAAUGUCUUUUACAGGUUCAACAAAGUUCAGGAGGGGAAAGAAAGUACAAAGGGCCCCUGAACUGCGCAAAACAACUGUACACGGAGAAAGGAAUACGAUCCUUGUACAGAGGGACUUGCGCUACGCUUCUCAGAGAUGUACCAGGCAUGGGUAUUUAUUUCUUCUGUUAUGAGUGGGUACUUAGCAAACUCACUUUAGAUGGCGAAAGGUUUGUUAAAUACAGAGGUUUAUUUGUAUACAGUUUAAAUCAUUGUUUAAUAUAGGAACAAUCGAUAAAGUCAUUUUUUGGUUGAACUAAAGCAGGCACUAAUGAAGUGAACAACAAAAUUCGAUCGCUUAAGUUUGACUGAUAUCGGAAUUCAUUGUGAUUUGAUUCCCUAGAUUUUUAGUUCUCUGCGUUUAUAGUUUUAUACGAUCAGUUAUUGUACAUUUUUAGUCUUAAUUUUUAGAAUAUGCUAGGGCCGUGGAUUACCUGUAAACUAGCUGAUUAGCUAAGCGUAACUCCACGUUAAAUUAAGUAUCGUAUCGUAUCGUUGCACGUUAAAAAAGAUACUCUCUCUUCAGUCUUUCGUUUCCUAGCGUAUGACGCGAAUACAAUUGACACGCAUGCGUAUGACACGCAUACACCAAUGCAAACAAAAGGAGAACGAUUAUGCGGCAAGAAGCGCGGGCGCGAAAAGGUUUUUCUGCUGUCUCGCCUCAUUCCCUUCUCGUUUCUUUCCCUAAUUUGCGUAAUUUCAACUUUUCAAUAUACGCGGAGUAUACGAAAAUCGACUGCCCGUAGUCUAAGUCGAGUCAACGAGAUGGGGAAGAUCUGCGAACGAGAUUACAGGAAUCCCUUAUUCCUGGACGAUCAAGAAACCAGUAUACGAAUUUUGA